AUGAAUCGAUGUCGGACAGUGAUUUUUGAAAUAGAAGAUAACUUAGUUGAAGUUAAUAAUAAUAAUACUGAUGAAACAAAUAUUUCAUUGUGUGAGAUACUAAAGCAUUCCAAAAAUUCUGACAAGCAAACGGAUAAACAAGGUGGAAAACGGAAACGUAGUACAUCUCCUUAUGGAAAAACAAAAAGGGUACGAUGGACAGAAGAUGAGAAAAAAACAGCGCUUUCUGCGUUUGCACAACAUAUGGAAAAUUAUACAUUGCCGUCUCUAAAAGAGAUUCAAGAAGUAAAGAAAAAAUAUAUUUCUCUGGCUCGUCGUACAUCGCCGCAAAUCAAAACGUGGCUGCAUAAUAAACUGAAAAACCCUGCGACAACAAUAGUGUAA